GACUGUCGGAAUUUACAACUUUGCCCUUCAAGCCAGCUCCUUUUUAGAAUAGACAAACAGAAGACCGAUCAAGCAUCCUUGGAACGUACGGAUUUGGUUCUAUAAUUUUCUGUCGCCAUGGGGACAACCGAAUCUGUCUUUUACGACGAAACUCCCGCCGAGACGCUGCCCUCUCCUACCAGACCUUCCCAUGCAAUAGCGACCGAACCAGAACCUGUCCUAUCAGCAAAGCCUAGAAAUAUAAGAUUCCAGCCACACUCAAAGAAUGGAAACGUUGCAUUAAGAUCACAACCGCCGCGGAGGCGGCGUGCUCCCCGAGAAACCAAGCCGAUCAUACGAAUGGAAGGAUUGGUCGUGGGACGUCCAAAAACAGGGAAGAGGACGCUUCUAAGUCGUCUUAGAGGAGUCGACCCGUUCGUGGUGUUUCCAAAACAUCCACCAAACGAAAAUAGUAGCAACGAGACAAGCGAAAAAAACAAUCAAAAAUCAAAUCCUUCAAUUAUAAUACCAUACAAACCCCCUAAAGAAUGCCCAACAUGGGACCGUAUUAAACUUCGCAUCGGAUCUACGGAGCGAUUCGAUGGCGACGAGGUCCUUUCAGGAAACAAUAUUGACUUUCUGGUCAUAAUGAUCAAUCCAAACGACUCGCGAGAUACUGCACAAACCUAUGUGGAGGRGGUGGUGCUUUCUUAUCUGGAGCGAUCGGGGCAAGUAGAACAAGUACCAGGACACACCUUCAAUAAAGAGGGCAGAGAAAAGGCAGGUGAUAGUCGUAGCACCAGCGCUGCAAAUCCAAACUCCAAUAGCGAUGCUGUAAUAGAAGCAUUKUGCAUUGCUAUUCUAUUCAACUUCCGUGAUCUUCAGGAUGAUGAGAAAGCGAAGGAAUUCGACAACGAAGUAGUAUCAAGAUCUGGCAUGGAACGUUUCAUCAACAAAACGCUCGAAGCAAGGAACGCACCUGCGCAUACGAGAGUUAUAGAGGUGUUUGAUACAAGUCUUUUGAACUGUUAUGGAUUGGAUGGUUUGCAUCGUUUCAUAUAUCGUGCCUACCUACAACGUGGUCGGAGAGAUAUAGAAAGGAAACUUCAUAUAGUUCGGAAUCAAAUACAGCUAGUUGAAGAGAAUGAUUCCAAGUCAAAACCAAUGAGAUACGAUGAAUUUAAGAAGGAAAUAUUACAAGAAGAAAGUGGCCGGACGUCUCAACAACAGCAACAAGAUAAUAACGACAAAGAAGCAAUAAAUCAUAGAAAGCGACAGCCUCAAGACGAAAAAGAAGAGAAACAUCAGUCGUCUACUAGAAAUCUCAAUUUACGACAGUUCCGACGACAGCACAAUGCCGGUAGCACAUCGCCGUCUCGAAUAGGAAAGGAUGCUUUGGAAGCUUUUCUUGCCAGCAGCAGCGAUGAGGAAGAUCAAAAAAUACCSGCCAAUCGCAUGGAUGGAAUAUCUUCAAAAAAUAUGGUUGGAAUUGCCUCCUCCUCCUCGGACGAUGACAGCGACGAUGAUUUCUUUUACGACGAAAAUGGAGAUAGAAGACAUGGCCAAAAAAAUACAAACGCACUGCGGGCAAYCGCUGGUCCGGGUCGAGAUAAAAGAAUUAUGGUGCAAUCGCGACCCAAUUCGAACUCUUUCUCUGCUUCUUCUGAUGACGAUAGAAGUGGUAAUGAACAGGCCCAAAUACUUUCAUCGCCAUCACAAACUUUUGUAAAACAUGAUGCCUUGAACCAAUCAUCAUCUGAUGUUACACAGCUUGACCAAGAAAACCACAUGAUGGCGAAUUCAUCUGAUCAUGAUCAUGAUGUUGCGAAUCCUUUGAACGAAAGGGCGACAACCAUAGAACCGUCGGCAACAAAGGAGAGGAUGUUACGAAAAGAGAAAAGAACCAACGCAAUUCGAAAUGCAAAUGCURUAGCCAAGCAGAGCGGAGAACAAACAGUAGAGCGACAGAACUGUCAACAAAUAUCUACCAAGGUAGCAAAAUCAAGAACUGAACGAGAGAAAAAGCAGGAAGACGUCGAACAGGCAAGAGAAGUGGUGGCACCGCAGCAACAUGUAACAAUACCUGCAAUAAAGGAAAAGCAACAACUUUCAAAAGAGAAGGAGGGUGCAAUUGYAGUCUCCAAUACUUCAAGUGAUACAAACAACUUGUUGGGAAAUGAUGUCGAAAAUAAAUCAAUUUUGCAGAAUUCUGAUAAUAUUGGUAAUGACGGUAAUGAUAUCAAGGCUGAUACUAUCGACAAUAAAGCGAUUGACCGUGUUGCCGAAACCGAAGAUGCUGAUGUCACCAUUGAUGACUGUGACAUUCAUCAUCGCAAUAGAAAAGAUUCCAAUGAUGCUACUGGUGUGGACUUGGAUAAUGGAACUGUUGCCUAUUCUACCGUUGGCGCAAUAUCGACGGUUAGAGUUAUGAGCGGAGACCUCGCAGAUGGUACUCUACGAAGUCGUGAAGAUAAUGACGACGGCGUUGAUACAACCGAUUCCUUGGUCGUCACCAGACAGGUCGACAAAGAACCAAGUGAUGAAAAGGAUGCAACUGAGAUCCGUUGUGAGCAAUCUGUGGGAAAAAAAUUGUGCGAUGGCAACGAAGACGGCGAAGACAGCGAUGGCGAUUACAUGAUCGCUUUAGUACAUUCGAAUAAUGAAGAUGACGACGAYAGCGACAGCGACAAUUGCAUCAUUGUUUCCGCAUCUGUGAACGAAAAAGGAGAAGAUGACGGCGACGAUGAUUACAUGAUUGGUUCGAGACGUGCGAAUGACAAAAAGGAAGAUGAUGACGAUGAAAUCGAUAUUUCCAUGCUUGGAUCCACACCUUUGGAUGAAGAAAAGCAAGACAACAAUGGUGAUGUUUAUAUGAUUCGUCCGACACGUGCGAAUGAUAAUGAGGAAGGUGACAACGAUGACUGCAAAACAUACAUGGCUGAAUUCACACAUAUGAAUGAAGAACAUGACGAUGAUGAUGAUGGUGACUGUUUAAGUGUUUCCAAACCUACGAAGAAUGAAUUAGACGAACAYGAAAAUCAUAGUAAAGAUUACAUGGUUGAUUCUGCGAUUCCGAGUAAAGGACAGGAAGAAAGUGGUAGAUAUGCAGAGAAUUCAACACCUGCUAAUGAUGAAAUUGAAGACCAUGUCGAUGACGGCAAUGAUUCAAUGAUGAAUUUCGUGCCUGUAAAUGACGGAACGGAUAACGAUGACGACGAUUAUAUGAUUCAGUGUACUUUUCCAUCAAUGCAGAAAUCAGGGCAAGAUGACGAUGAAGAUAGUGCUUACAUUAUUGCAUCAGCUCGCAUGAAGGAUUAUGACGAGGAGAUCAAUGCACCUCUAACCGGAACCCUUAAUCGACAAGAGGAUUCCAUUCAAAAGUCAUCCUCGGAUACCGCAGUAUCCAUGGAUAGGAAUAAUAYGGAUAAAAAAAUCCCGCAAUCUAUAUUGAUUACUUCUACGACAAAAGCACGACAACGCAAUGGGCGAGCACCGUCGCAACCGCCGCCAUAUGCGAAACCUAUUUCCUCUAGCGGCAUCAGCGAAGCGGCAGCGGCGGCAAUUGCUGCCGCCCAAAAAGAGGCAGAAGCUAUGGUGCGAAAGCAGCAACAACAACUAUACUCUCAUCCGAGUCGAGAGAAGAAGUCGAAAAAGUCGAAGAAAAAGAAAGACGAAAAAAAUAGUGAAAAGAAAAAGAAGAAGAAAAAAAAAGAGAAAGAAACAUCUUCCCAAGGGUGAUGAAAUCGAAAAAUCUGUAUUCUGGAUCAAAUUCAAUCUUCUCGACAAAGUUUUGUCUGAAAGAAACCGCUGUGUUCUACGAAGCAAAUUUCCUUGCAAAAAUUUUGUGUGUUGGAAUUAUGAAUAGAAACACAAAGUUGCAAUCGUCUGAUUAACUUCUAAUAUUCGCCUAGAAAACAAUGCUUUCUUUGACUGCAUCGUAUAUUUCUCUUAUAUUACUGUAUUUUGAGGCGCAAGAAGCGCUUCCUUAUCAACUAGAUCACCCCGUAGUCAACCGCUCUARAAUUGCUGCGACUUCUUCGUGCUUCACAAUCUGAAAUCCCUCGGGCGUGACCCGUGCCAAUUCGAUAUUGUCUGUGGAUAUCUUUUCUUCCAUGACUUGUUUCAAUGUACCCAGUGCAAGCUCUUCAGCUUCCUUUAAGGUCAUCGAGUCAGAGUACGACUCCUCAAGAUUGGAUUGGGCUCCCUCGCUUCCAGCUCCAAUUGCCUUUGCCUUGUAUCGGACAAAGGUUCCGCUUGGGUCCGAGAAGUACAACUGGGAUCCCUCUAAGUCAUCGUAUCCGGCCAACAAAAGAGCCACACCAAAGGGUCUAGACAUUCGUUUAGAAGAAUCUCCAUCACUUCCUUCACCAAAACUCAGGGCCAAAUCGCAAACUGCUUGUGUCAAUGGCUCUACACCGAUAGGUUCGUCGUAAGUGAAGGUGUGGUUUUGCGCCUCAACUCGAGCGUGAUCUACUAGAGUCUUGGCAUCGGCGACAAGUCCACUCAUGGCGGCACCAAUAUGGCUGUCGAUUUCUGCAAUCUUUUCAACACUGUCAGGAUCUAGUAGAGGAGAUGUCAAACGUUUUUCGACAGCCAGUACGGAUCCAUCUUUGGUUUGAAUCCCCACAGCGGUCGAUCCCAAUUUGAUGGCCUCAAUGGCGUAUUCAACCUUUGAA